AUGAGUGAAUUGAGAGACAUGUGGCCGAGAGACAACGUCACAGAUGAAGAACAAACUAUUAUAAACAACGCGUUAAAUAGACUGAGACUGGUUACUAAAGGAUGUAGUAAUAAAGAGAAAUCAUUAAAUUAUCCAAAUCAGGACGCAUCAACCAACAGAAGCAAAGUGAAAGAGGAAGAACUUAAAGAAAUUAUUAAAAGACACAGAUCUUUAAUUCGAUCCCAGAAGCGAGUGCACAUAACAACGUUUGGAUUUUCAACAGUGUCAAUGGAAUGUUACUCAACGGGUCACAAGUUCGUUUUGGACGACUAUGAUGCAACUUACAAGCUGGCGAUAAGAAUACUAAGAGGACUGUGUCUUAAAUUAACAGACGAAAAGGAAUCUAAAGUAUUUAGUACAAUUCGUAACAUGGUCUUCUGGUUCAUGAUGGUGAAUGUGUUGACAGCCGCGGUGCUGGAGAGCAUCUGUAUGAUGAUGACUGGCUCAGGAGGAACCCUCGUAGAGUUGUUUACUAUGAUGCCGUGUGUAGGCUAUCUGUUGGUGUCAAUGUCGAAAAUUUACAAAAUAAAGCGCUACAAGCCGGUGUUCAUUAAUCUGAUGAGUGAAUUGAGAGACAUGUGGCCGAGAGACAACGUCACAGAUGAAGAACAAACUAUUAUAAACAACGCGUUAAAUAGACUGAGACUGGUUACUAAAGAAUAG